AUGGCGGCGGCCGCGGCUCCUCCUCCUCCCUACAAGAUGGCGAGAGCUCGGCCGCUGCAGCCGCCGCCACCGCCACCGCCACCACCGCGGCGGCGUCACGGCUCCCUCGGUGCGGCGGACGAGGGUCGGCAGAGACCCCUUCUCUGUCGGGGCCGAGCUCAGGGACCCUCGGGGCUGCCUCCCGGGAGGGAGGGACGGACGGACGGACGGGGAGGCCUUGCCUGCAGAGCGGAGGAGACACAGUCGGGGAGUGAAUGGUGGCCGGGCCCUGUCGUCCUUGUCUCCGUCCCUCCCAAGCUUGGCUCGCGGGUCGGGGCCGGAGGGAGGUCCGCUGACUCCCGACCACGGACGCGCUCCGAGGGCGGCCUGCGGCGGGCUCGGGGCCGGGGAGCUGACCUGAGAUGGCCGGGAGGCUGGCUGCUGCGAGGCCAGGGCGCACCCUCCACCCAGGGACGCGCGGAAGUGGGGCCGGCGGGGCCCACGCUCCUGGGGACGCUGCAGGAAGGGGCACCGGCCCCGAGCCCGCUCCCGGGAAGAGCGGGAGCCGGGAGCGCGCCCUCGGUCGUGGGCUACUUCAGCCCAGAGUGCGGGCGAGGUGACCCCUUUGUUCCUGCCCGCAGUGACACUCUUCUAGAAGGAAGGGCGGCCCGCCUCCGCGAGCGAGGACUCCCUUCUAGAAAUGGUUUGAAACCGGUAGCUUCUCCUGUCCGACCCUCACCUGCAGAGAUGCUUGUGCUUGUGUUUCUACGGUUUUCAGAUCCCAAGGUCUUCACAGGAAAACAAGCCGUCUUGUUCCAAGUAAAACAAACAUUUAGAGGUAAAAUUGAGCUGGGCCAAAAGGGAAAGCAAAAUCCUGAGUCUCACGCAGCUGGUAGGCUGGAAAUACUGACAAUGGCCAAACCAUAUGUGACAUUAGACUCCAUCCCGGAACACCGACAUUAA